AUGGGUUUCAAGGAUUCAAAAGUGUUCAAUGAUGCUCUUUUGGGGCGUCAAGCAUGGAGGCCUAUUAGGAAACCCAAUUCACUUUUUGGCCGGGUUAUGAAAGCGAAGUACUACCCUAACUCCGAUUUUAUUGAUGCAUCGCUUGGUUACUAUUGCAGUUUUUCGUGGAAAAUUAUUUGGAGUUCAAAGGCUCUUGUGAAAGAGGGAUGUAUAUGGAGAAUAGGUAUAGGUGAAAAUGUUAGAGUGUGGGAUGCACCAUGGGUGGCGGAUGACCAAGGGCGUUUCAUUACUAGCGCGCCUUGUGAAGGUAUUCAUCGAGUUUGCGACCUGAUUGACACUCGAAGUGGGGAAUGGAACUUUGAUCUUCUCGAAGAACGUUUUAGUGACCGUGAUAGAAAAUGCAUUCUUUCCAUACCAUUGUGUGUUGAAUACCCCCAACGUCAUGAGAUGACUUGGGCAUUAUCGAAGGAUGGUUUAUAUUCCGUCAAAACAGCUUAUUUGCUUGGAAAAGGCCUCGAUCUGGACUCUUUCCACCAAGCCUGGGUUGUCAUUUGGAAGAUUGACGACAACCCUAAGGUUCGUCAUUUUUUGUGGAGGUUGUGCUCUCACUCGUUGCCUACUAAAGCUCUCUUGAAAUAUCGUCACCUUAUUGAAGAAGAUGCGUGCCCUUGGUGUUGUGGUGCCCCGAAAACGGACACCCAUGUGUUAUUUGAGUGUCCACGGAUUGUUGAGCUUUGGCGAGAUUGUUGCUACGAAGAUAUGUGCGUGAGUGAGCUAGGUAUUAUUAUGUGUGAUAGAGUGGCUAGUUGGAAGUUGUUGGACAAGAAAUUGGUGGUUAAGGGUUGCUUUUUAAUGUGGUGCAUAUGGGGGGAACGUAAUCAGUGGGUUUUCAAUGGCAAGAGGACCCAAGAUGCUAUUAUAAUUGCUCGAGUUCCAAGACUCGUGGACAAACAUGACACUUUUACCAAGCGCAUCUAUCACUCGCAAGGUACGCACGUUGGCAUCCCCAAAUCAUGGCAAGCUCCACCUGAGGGGUUCGUGAAUAUUAAUGUUGAUGCCUCGCUAGCGGUGGAUGGAUGGGUUGGCCUUAGUGUUGUGGCUCGAGGUUCGCAUGGAAAUGUACUGUUUGCUGCUUCUCGUCGCCAAAAGGCUCAUUGGGCACCAAAAGCUUCCGAGGCCAAGGCCCUAGCUAUGGGGGUCCAUCUUGGGAAGCGUUUUGGGUUCAAAGAGGUUAUUAUUGAAUCUGACUGCCAAACACUCGUCAACCGUCUCUCAAAGAGUGCUAUCUUUCUCUCGGAUUUGGAUGCUAUCCUUCACAAUAUCCUUUCUUCAUGUACUUCUUUUUCUUCUAUCAUUUGGUCUCAUGUCUUACGUGACGGGAAUUUUGUAGCCCAUCACUUAGCUAAGCUAGUUCUGUUUGGUACUGAACAAAUAUGGGAAAACCAUGCUCCUGUGGAGGUAGCUCCCUAUGUACUUAUGGACACUUUGUUCUUGAAUUAA